AUUACGAAUAUGAAUAAGUUUUAUAAAAUUUCGUGCUUUUUAGUUUACUUCUUAGUUUUGGGAUAUUACAGCGUAAAUGCAGAGCCUAUUGUCAAUGGAGAGAUCGUACAAAUCAAACACUAUCCAUAUCAGGUUUACCUAAGUGCAUUUUCAACCCCAACAUGUUUUAAGGAUAGUUGGCUUGUCAAACUUUUCCCGUGCAUACUGAAAAAGGGUUUAUUCUGCGGCGGUUCGAUAAUCAACAAGCGUUACAUAUUGACGGCAGCUCACUGCCUUGAAAAUAAGAAAUUACACAAGGUCGAGAUUUACGCCGGUACUAAUAAGAUCGGCGACCCAAACGCACAAGUUCAUACAGCGCAGGCGUUCGUCACUCAUCCUCGUUACAAUAAAUAUAUGUUGAAAUUCAUGAUGAACGACAUAGCUUUGAUUCACUUAAACGAGGACAUUCAGUUCACCGAACUCAUAAGACCGGUAAAACUACCCAAGUCUGACUACGAGUUCAACGAAGGACAUGUGGCAGUUGUAACUGGCUGGGGUGGUACCAACCAUGAUACUGUGACUCUGUCUAAAUUCUUACAAGCAUCACAGCAGAGAGUUAUUAGUUGGGAGACGUGCGUUAAGGAAUGGCAUACGAAAUUAUUAACGGCCAUUGACGCCGGUAUGAUGUGUGCCGUAACUAAUCACGACUGGCCCAGCGGACCAUGCAUGGGAGAUUCCGGCGGUCCUUUUGUAGAUGGAAAGGGUUACCAAAUCGGCAUCACGAGUUUCGGUUACGAGUGCGGAAAGACUCACGAGUUGCCGGAGGUGUACGUCAACGUCAUGGCUUACGCAAAGUGGAUACGAGAAAAUUCGAUAAUAUAACUUUUUGCACACUACCGUACGAAAAACGAUGCAUAAAUGCACGACAAUAUACUAAUUUUGAA